GUUUCAGUAAAUGAUCUUUUUUUGCAGUAUUUGCUUUUGUCUAGGGGUGAUAACCACAGUCAUGUGAUUUGAGCCGAGGUAGUCUGGGGCCUGACAAAGUUUAUCAGCUUGUGGCUUUAGGAUAUUGAAACAUCAACGCAACCAUUUCAGCCUAACGCGUAACAAGCAAGCAGUUGCUUUUGACCCUCACAGUAAUAUAAGUCAUCUCCAUUGAUGCUGCAGAAUAUAUAUGACUGGGCAUACUUCCUAUAGCGGAUCAAUAUUUAAAAGUGUCUAAACCAGGAGUGCCAGCAAUGAACAUCAAGAACUGUUCUGACCAUAGCAAGCCUGAGGCAGCCCCUUUAAAAGCACCAUUUGCUGCUGACGGUGUAGUCCUUACAGAUGAGACAAAGAACCUGAGGAGUGACCCUUCCUCCAAGCAGCUCCUCCCUCCUCUGAAGAAAGUGCCGCCGCCAGUAAAGAACAAGCCUGUCAAAAACCUGCCAAACAAAACAAAUGGAGAGAACACCCCAUUAUCUCCCAAACCUACAGAGAUGGUAAAAGAGAAGGCGAAGGAGACAGAUUCAGUUCAUAUUGAAGAUGUAGCCGUCUCUUCAGACAAGCUAAGCCACCCCACUGCCAACAGAGCCAAACAUCAGGGAAGAAGACCCCCGUCACACCUGGUUAUUCAUAAAACAACUGUGGAAAAGCCUUUGUUCUCACCAGUAACACCAAAGAACGAUCACGCAGAGAACGAUCAAACUGCGUCUCGUUUUCCGAGGGUCGCUUCCCCGUUAAAAGCAGUUCCGUCGCAGAGCAUACCAGAGACGCAUGAGAACAUCGCGGAGCUCAAGGCUGAAAUCAGGGAUCUGAGCCUGGGACUGGCAUUGCUGAGGAACCAGCAUGUGAGGGACAUAGAGGAUUUGAAAAAAGAAAUGAAAGCAGAGGCAGCAAAGCGCGUGGCACUGCAGGAGGAAGUGGAAAUGCUAAGGAACUCUGUCAACCAACAUUAACAUUUGUUACAAAUUUGGGGUAAACGCCUUAAUGUCCUGGAGAAUGCUGCUGUGUUACUGUUUCUUAUUAACAACACUUUGUAGCUAAGCUUUUUUUUUUACUGACAAACUUGGAAAGGUUUACUGAGAAGACUGCUCAAGGUUAAGAUGUCCGUAACCAGUUAUAACAGACAAACAGCAAUAUAGCUCAGCCCAUGUGUGUAUUCAUCUGGCUUUAAAUAUGAAUGUUGAGCAGUAAGUUAUUAUGUCCAGGUGUUUUUUAGAGUGGGGUUGCAACUUUGUAAGACCCCACUGAAGUUUUGACCCUCGCAGUAAAUACGGUCGGCUGUGACUGCAUGUUCAAACUUCCUUCUUUGUAAAAGAUGCUGGAAACUGAAUCUCCGCUGGCCGUGUAUCAUUGAACCGAUCAUUGUGUUGCCCGGGUGGAGUGAUUUUGAACUGACACAUUUUGCAACAAAGUGAUUAUUAUAUAUCGUUUACUGUAUCGGUGUUAUAACUGAUAUCAAUGGGAUUAGAUAGGGGAUAAUGUUAACCAUCACAAUAGUAAUUGUAUUAUGCUUGUUGUUAAUAUGCAAUAUGUUUAGUCACUGACUGAAGGCAAAGUCCUGCAUCUCUUGUUAUUAAUGUGAUGACUUGUUUCCUAAUACACUGUGAUAUAUGUACUGCGUACACUUCAUUUUGAGCAUCACAAAGCACGCUCGGUGUUUACUGUGAGACGAGUCUGGGAGUGAUUAGAGGAGCUCAGUGUUUUUUACAGUAAAUGCACAGCCAGGAAAGAGCAUCAGAACAUUGGUAGUGCAGAUAACAACCUGCUUGACAUGAGAUGCGCAAAAGAGUUUAACACUGAGUAAAGUCACGUCCUCUUUCAGGAGUAAGCUUGAUACGAAAGAUUAGAUGGCAUUUUGGAGCCAGGACAGUCUCUUAAAGGUAUAGUCCAGUUGGAAUUGUCUUCGUAGACCCUAUUCACAACCCUUUAACUCAUUAAUUAUUUAAACAAUAGUGUUUUAUAAAGUCUGUUGGAUUAAAUAUUCAUAUGCAUGACAUUAAAACUGUUCUGGAUGCCAGCAACUGUGAACAAGUUCCUUGUAUAUCAUGAAUAACUAUAGAAUAUCCAUAAAAACAUGCUUUCCUUAGAUAACUCAUGUGUUAAAGCUUCGUGAAUGAGGCUGUACGUCCCCUUUAGCCACUGCAUGCACAGUUAAGUUUCCUAUAUUUUUCUAAUACUUGUAUUUUUUAUUUUAUUUUUUAAUUUUUUUUCAACCUUCUAGCAGGGUAACUUUUUGAACUUGAGUUCACAAAACCUGUUUUAUAAUGUCUAAAAAGUAGGGGAUAUCUGUACUGUCUGGGUUUCUUAUUUCAUAGUGGAUAACUGUUGCAUGCUUUGUCCAAAGUACUUUUACCAAAAAUAAUAUGCUUGUAACUGCUAUUAAUUCACCCGAGUUGCCUUUAAAACAAAACAAAACAAAAAAAUGCAUUGCAGAAGCGUUGCAGGCUUUGUCCUAAACUGAUGGCUCUGAUAGUCUCACACUACCUGAAAGGAUCAUUGACAGAUGGUUUAAUUGCUGGUAAGGGAUAUGAAUUUUUCAUGUAUUUGACUAAAUGUACUUGUGUUAAAUAAAUCAAUUUUAUUUA